UGGCAGCGGCGGCAGCGAGAGAACGAGCGGGCCCAGUGGCCGCGGGCAGACCGGAGGGAACGUAGGAAGCGGUCAUGUCUCGCUACACGAGGCCCCCCAACACCUCCCUGUUCGUCAGGAACGUCGCGGACGCCACCAGAAAAUCUAAAGCAGUCCACAGUAGCUGGCAAGCGCCCCCCAGUUUGAACCAACCUGUUAGCUAGAAUCCAAGCAUAAACCGAGCAGGCGAGACAAAAGGCACCUAAAGUUCAAGCAUCAAGGAGUAAAGAGGGAGGGUGGACACAGAUAUAAAGACCUGGAAGAGGGGAAGUCUUUAUCAAGCAAAAGACAAAGCCAACUUUGAGACUUCGGCUUUCCUACAUUUACUCAGAGUUCCAGAGUCAAAGCCAAGUCUGAUUUUGUUGGUUCUGCGUCUCUUAUAAAGUCCAUCUUGCAAGUCUUAAAGAGUAAAGGUCAAGGUUCAAGAUCAAGUGACUUUGAGAAUAAAGACUUUUGCAAGCUGAUAUUUUCAGUGAAAAUAUGAUGGAUCCUUUAUCUGAAGAAGGGAAUGAGUCCUAAACAGUUUAUUUUAUAAUGCUAGCCUUUUUGGAUUAAUUUUUUUUCUCAUAAUGUUUGAAAGUAUAAAUGCAUAUUGUAGCUAACUAAUGUAUACAUUAAAAGGACAGUAACAUGUUCAUUUCUAUUCUUUGGAUUCACUCUAAAUCAUAAUGGGGCAUUUGUUUCAUAGUAAAUAGUGAAAGUAUUUUUUUUUUCUGAUUAUUCAUAUUGGAGAGAUAAGCUUAAUAUCUAGAACUUAUUUUUCCAAUUAAUUUCAUUUCACAUUUAAAUAACACCUUAAAAAUAUUUUCACAUGCUAUCUGAUGUUCAAAGUGUCCUUAACAGCUAGUCAUAUUUGAAGAUGUUCGAGAUGCUGAAGAUGCUCUUUAUAACCUCAAUAGAAAGUGGGUAUGUGGCCGUCAAAUUGAAAUACAGUUUGCACAAGGUGAUCGCAAAACACCAGGCCAAAUGAAAUCAAAAGAACGUCAUCCUUGUUCUCCAAGUGAUCAUAGGAGAUCAAGAAGCCCCAGCCAAAGGAGAACUAGAAGUAGAAGUUCUUCAUGGGGAAGAAAUAGGAGGCGGUCAGAUAGCCUUAAAGAGUCUCGACACAGGCGAUUUUCUUACAGCCAGUCUAAAUCUCGUUCCAAAUCAUUACCAAGGCGGUCUACCUCAGCAAGGCAGUCAAGAACUCCAAGAAGGAAUUCUGGUUCUAGAGGACGGUCAAGGUCCAAGUCCUUACAAAAAAGGUCCAAGUCAAUAGGAAAAUCACAAUCAAGUUCACCUCAAAAGCAGACUAGCUCAGGAACAAAAUCAAGAUCACAUGGAAGACAUUCUGACUCCAUAGCAAGAUCCCCAUGUAAAUCUCCCAAAGGGUAUACCAAUUCUGAAACUAAAGCACAAGCAGCAAAACAUUCUCAUUUUCGGUCACAUUCCAGAUCUCGGAGUUAUCGUCAUAAAAACAGUUGGUGAACAGCAAUGGAAGAAUACUACAUAGUCUUUAAUAUAAGUUAUUAAACCUCUCAUUAUGUUAAAUAAAAAUUCUUCAAGGCUUAUAGAAAAUGUGAGUUGAUAUUAGUUACUCUGGGCAUGUGAAGAAAUAAAAUGUAGCUUUGGAAUAAUAAAGAUUUGGUCUCACUUUAAGGGCCCACACCAAAAAUUAUGCUAUCUAAUGUCACCAUUUUAUGGACCAUUUUUUAUUUACAGUGUAGCAGUAGGGUACUUUUCAAAGGUAAUGGGUAAAAAUGGAAGCAAUUUAGAAAAUUCCACUUGGAUAUUAAAUAUAGUAAUAUUAAUAAUACCUUUUACAAAAACAUUUUUUACUCUAAAGCACUUUUCAUAUAAAAAGUAAUUAUGGCUAUAUAAUUGCAUACAGUAGACUUAAACUUUUUGAAACCUGUGUCUCUUGUGUCUUUGGUUCAAGUUUAGGUCAAUUCCUAAAUUAGGUCAGUUUAGGUACUAUUUCAAAUUAGAACAGCCUGAAAUCCCCAUAAGCAGAAUUUAUAUAAAGAUCAAGCAUUCAAAAGAUACAUUGUCUUCUCUGAGCUCAAAGAGUAUUUUUAAUUGUUGGAUAGAAUAAUAUAGAUGCCAGGCAUGGUGGCACAUGCCUGUAAUCCCAGCUAUUUGGGAGGCUGAAGCAGGAGGAUUGCAUACUCCAAGCUACCCUUGGCAAUUUAACAAGACUCUCAAAAAAUAAAAAGGGCUGGGGAUAUAGCUCGGUGGUAAAGCACCACUGGGUUUGAUCCCCAGUACUGGGAAAAAGGAAAACAGUAUAAAAAAGUUGAUGUGAAAAUGUAUCCUAUACCAUGUUCACUUCAAAACUGUGAAAACAUUUUAGAAAUACUAUAUUUUGAGUUGAGACUACUUGUUUUUUAAAAUCAUGGUAUGCAACACUCACAAUCCAAAAAUAUUCAUAUUGAGCCUUACACAUAUGAAGAGUAUUACAUUUUGUAAAAAAUCAUAUUUUAUACCAUUCUUUCUACAUACCUAUUUUCAUCUGCUGCUUAAUUUUUUUUUCUUUUUAGAGCUCUAGCUCAAAAUUCUAGAAUAUAUAAAAUAACAUUAUUUUUGAAAGAAUGUUUAUUUAGUAUCUUGUAUUAAAAAACUCAAAACUACAUCUUCAAAACACAGCAUUAUAAUAUUCAAAUUUUACAUUACACUGCUCUUCAUUUUUUAAGCCAAAUAACUUUGUUGAUAUUAAUUGCUUUUAUAGUUGUUAUAACUAAAUUUCUUUUAAACUAUGUUUGUAGUUUGUUUUUCAGAAGGUUUUGGUAGCUUUGUAAUAAAAUGGUUUUGCAUAUUAUUAUAGGGGGUAUAUUUAUAGAGGUCUACUUGUAUACUUUAUCGAAUUAUAUUACUGAAACUAAAAGUUAUCAACCCAUACAGUUAAUACUUAUAUCUAGAGUGGUUAAGAAAAAGACCUUAUAUUUUUAGUAUAUAGGAGCCAGUCUUGCUUCUAUUUCUUUUGAAUAGAAAUUCCAUUUUUCUUUGCAUUUUAGAUUCUAUAUGUGAGAAACAACAAAAUAAUUUGUAUGCUAAUAAUAUUUGGACAAGUACCAUAAAUUUAUGUAUAUUGUACUUUCUGAGUAGAUUUUUCUCUAUUUAAUCAUACCAAAUUUAUUUAUCUCAGAACUACAAUUCUGAAGUGUUCAGCUGUAAUAAAAAGUUAUAAAAUUAUGUGGUACUAUAAAAAAUUUAAAAGAAAACAAAUAUUAAUAGUAAUUUUAAAUAUUUUCUAAAUGGAUCCAAACAUAUACAGUCAUAUUAAAUAAUAACUAGGGGGCUGGGGAUGUAGUUCAGUGGUAGAACAUCUGCUCAGCACUUGCAAGGCCCUGGGUUUGAUCCUCAGUACUGCAAAAAAUAAAUAAAUAUAUAACAACUA